GAAACGCAGGAAGUUAACGCGUGUGUUUGGGGGGGAAUGUUGUGUAUGUAACGCAGGAAGUGUUUCAGAGGUCGCCGGCGAGUGGCUUGUAACGUCCAUGUAUUUUUUUAAUUAAGAUUAAUGGACACAUUCUCGGUUUUGGAGGCAGCUGCGGUGAAAUGACGACCAAAGUAAGGGAUUUGUUGUCAUGUUAGCGUCACCAAAUAUUGACUUCAAAACAAUAUCACUUCCACCACACAUCGACGCAGUCAGGGAACAGUAUCGUCAUGCUAUUGUAGACUGUCAACUAUCAAAACACGAUUGAGUAUAUAUUAUAAUUCUUAUAAUCCAAUGUCAUAUCGUAUUUAAAUGAAUUUAAAACCUCGUCUCACUCCUGCGCUUACCAAAGGCAUGCGGUAAAAGUAAGCAUGUGUAAUUAUUUUAAAACCUCUUCUCACUCCGGCACUUACCAAAGGCAUGCAGUAAAAAUUUGAGUGUGAUGUAAGCUUGGACCUUAAAUCCUACUGAAUAGCUCUUAAUCUUCUUCCCUUUAUGCGAUUUCAAAUUACCGGUAUUGAAAUCAGCUUCCUCCAUUUUGAAAAUGAUGAGUCACUCGUGACGUCACAAGUUUGACCAGGCGGUAAUUAUUUUGCAAAGCGAGUUUGACCCGGCAGUAAUUCAAGGCAGGCGCAUACUAUAUGCUCUGCGGCAAUUCAAGGAAAUAUGGUAAUUGGAUUCCUGUAGAGGUGUGUACAUUAAGUAAAAAUAAUUCUAAUAAUCAAAUGUUAUAAUUUUGAUUCCUGUAGAGGUGUGUACAUUAAGUUAAAAAAAAAAUGCCACUGUCAGACAUACUGGACAGUCUGAAGGACAACCCCUACUUUGGGGCUGGUUUCGGACUAGUGGGUGUUGGAACAGCAUUGGCGUUGGCCAGGAAAGGAGCCCAAGUGGGGAUGGUGUUUUUUCGAAGGAACUACAUGAUCACCCUGGAGGUCCCCAGCAAGGACAAAAGCUACCACUGGCUGCUGAGUUGGAUCACAAAGCACGCCAGGCACACGCAGCACCUGAGUGUGGAGACUUCAUACCUGGCCCAUGAGAGUGGACGGGUUCACACUCAGUUCGACUUUCACCCGAGCCCCGGGAACCACAUCAUCUGGUAUGGGACGAAGUGGAUCAGGGUGGAGAGGACCAGAGAGAAACAGAUGAUUGAUAUGCAAACUGGAACGCCUUGGGAGUCUGUCACGUUUACAGCGUUGGGCAGAGACAGACAGAUCUUCUUCAAUAUCCUACAAGAAGCCAGAGAAUUAGCACUGAAGCAGGAGGAAGGACGCACGGUGAUGUACACGGCCAUGGGAGCAGAGUGGAGGCCCUUUGGGUUUCCACGGCGACGCCGACCCCUCAGCUCGGUGGUGCUAGAGGCGGGCGUGGCGGAAAAAAUUGUAGACGACGUGAAGGAGUUCAUCGGAAACCCUAAGUGGUAUACAGACCGUGGCAUCCCCUACAGAAGAGGAUACCUGUUGUAUGGACCACCAGGAUGUGGAAAAAGCAGCUUUAUCACGGCUCUGGCUGGCGAGCUGGGCUACAGUAUCUGUUUGAUGAGUCUGAGUGACCGCUCACUUUCCGACGACCGUCUGAACCAUCUGUUGAGCGUGGCACCGCAGCAAAGUAUAAUCCUGUUGGAGGACGUCGACGCCGCCUUCGUCAGCAGAGACCUUCUCGCCACAGAAAACCCGUUGGCCUACCAGGGAAUGGGAAGGCUGACCUUCAGUGGCCUGCUGAACUCUCUGGAUGGAGUGGCUUCCUCUGAGGCAAGAAUUGUAUUCAUGACCACCAAUUUCAUUGACAGGUUAGAUUCGGCUCUGAUCCGACCCGGCCGCGUCGAUCUGAAGCAAUACAUCGGACAUUGUACGCACUGGCAGCUAACGCAGAUGUUCAGACGCUUCUAUCCGGACGAGCCCGUCUCUGAGGCGGAGCGUUUUGCAAAGUGUGCGCUCUCUGCCCAAACGACCAUCAGCGCCGCUCAGGUGCAAGGGCACCUUCUCUUGCACAAAACGGACCCCGAGGGAUCGAUAAGCAACGUUGCCAAAAUACAAGAAUGACAGGACUGGAGGUUUUUGUCAUUGAAUAGAACCUUUUUUUAAAAAAAAAAAGUGAAAUGAACAACACUGUAGCACAUUUAUUUGAAAACAUAUGUACCAUUACCAAAGACUCGACUUCUUAUUAAAGUUUAAAUGUACCGCAUAUUUCGGAGUAUAAGUCGCUCCGGAGUAUAAGUCGCACCUGCCAAAAAUGCAUAAUAAAGAAGGAAAAAAACAUAUAUAAGUCGCACUGGAGUAUAAGUCGCAUUUUUGGGGGAAAUUUAUUUGAUAAAAUCCAACACCAAGAAUAGACAUUUGAAAGGCAAUUUAAAAUAAAUAAAGAAUAGUGAACAACAGGCUGAAUAAGUGUACGUUAUAUGACGCAUAAAUAACCAACUGAGAAGGUGCCUGCUAUGUUAACGUAACAUAUUAUGGUAAAGAGUCAUUCAAAUAACUAUAACAUAUAAAACAUGCUAUACGUUUACCAAACUAUCUGUCACUCCUAAUCGAUAAAUCCCAAGAAAUCUUAUACGUCUAGUCUCUUACGUGAAUGAGCUAAAUAAUAUUAUUUGAUAUUUUACGUUAACAUGUUAAUAAUUUCACACAUAAGUCGCACCCCCGGCCAAACGAUGAGAAAAACUGCGACUUAUAGUCCGAAAAAUACGGUAUUCAUUUUUUGUUCAUAAUUGAAAUCAGUUGAAUCGUGCAAAACGUCACGCUUUAAAGAGGAAUUCUUAAUCAUGGCCCUCGACAUACAGUUGUACGUUCCUACAGGUAUUGUAACAUUGUGAACUGAAAUCAGCUUCAAAUUAACUAGGAGAUAUCCCCUUGUUAACAAGUGAUUUAUAGUAACAUAAUAAAACAUUUCUCCAUCCACUUGUGAAACGUGUUUGAAGAGAAAUACCUUGUAUUUAAUGUAAAUACUGUAAUAAAAUCAUUUUGACCAUUA